GAUGUAAUAGAAAUAAUGUGAUAUCCAAAAUUCUAAGACCAUGUGUUACUAACAGUUUCCUUGAUCGUGUAAAAUGUUGUAGUUUGUAUUCACAGAAGUCAUAAAAUGAAAUUUUCGUAUAAGUUCUCUAAUCUUAUUGGUACUGUUUAUACGAAAGGAAAUUUACUAUUUUCUUCAAAUGGUGAUCGUGUUCUAAGUCCUGUUGGUAACAGAGUGAGCAUUUUUGACCUUAAAAGGAACAAAACAACGACUCUUCCAUUUGAAAAUGGCAAAAAUAUAAAAUGUAUGGCACUUUCUCCCAAUGAUCAACUUCUCAUCACAAUUGAUGAAGAUGGAAAAAGUAUUUUAUCAAGCUUGCAGAGUUUUGCUACAUUGCAUUACUUCACGUUCAAGACUGUUGUUUAUGACAUAAAGUUCAGCCCAAAUGGAAGAUUUUUCGCUGUCACUAUUGGUAUGAAAAUGCAAGUAUGGAUAACUCCUGGUCGUUGCAAGGAGUUUGCACCUGUUACUUUACAUAGAACUUACACUGGACAAUAUGAUAACACUAUUUGUAUUGAUUGGUCGUCAGAUUCCAAAUUUAUUGUGGUGGGUUCAAAGGAUAUGACAGCUCGAAUAUUUUCUAUUGAUCCUGUAAUUGGAUUUGUACCCACUACUCUGACUGGACAUAGAAAUGUUAUCAUUAAUUCUUUCUUUGAACUUCACUCUCUUAAUAUAUAUACUAUAAGUCAAGAUGGAGCUGUAUUCACUUGGUCUUGUUCCCUAGAAAUGAAUAGAACCAAAUUGAAGAAAGAUUUUAUGGAAGACGAGGAUGAUGAUGAAGAAAUUCCUAUAAAGUGGAAACGAGAAAUGAAAUAUUUCUAUCAUCAAGACAACAGUGAUUUGAGUUGUGCUGCUUUUCAUAAACAAACAAAGAUUUUGAUUGCUGGGUUUUCGUCUGGAGUAUUUUCUCUUCAUGAAAUGCCCGAAUUCAAUUUAAUUCACACAUUGAGUAUUUCUCAAAGAAGUGUUUCUACUGUCGCUGUAAAUCCAAGUGGUGAGUGGUUAGCUUUUGGAUGUUCGUCUGUUGGUCAACUUCUUGUUUGGGAAUGGCGAAGUGAGACAUAUAUUUUGAAACAACAAGGGCAUUUUUACGAUAUGAAUGUUCUUGCUUAUUCACCUGAUGGUCAAUAUAUUGUUACUGGUGGUGAUGAUGGAAAGGUAAAAAUCUGGAAUACAACAUCAGGAUUUUGCUUCAUAACAUUCCAUGAGCAUUCUGCUGCUAUAACUGGGGUAUGUUUCACUUCAAAUAAUAUGGUCAUACUCAGUUCUUCUCUCGAUGGAACUGUACGGGCCUUUGAUCUGAACAGAUAUCGAAAUUUUCGAACGUUUGCCUCACCACGACCAAGUCAGUUUUCUUGCUUAGCAGUGGAUCAUAGCGGUGAAGUCGUAGCUGCUGGCUCGUUGGAUACAUUUGAAAUAUUUCUUUGGUCCAUGCAGACAGGAAGAUUGCUUGAGGUAAUCGCUGGACACGAAUCUCCAGUCUCUUGCCUUGCCUUCAGUUCAUCCCAUACAGUUCUUCUCUCCGGUUCUUGGGAUAAAACUGUGAAAAUAUGGAAUAUAUAUUCGAGUCAAAUGAGUCGAGAAACUCUUUUGCUGAACUCUGAUGUUGUAGCGCUUGCUAUUCGUCCAGAUGGAAAGGAAGUUGCUGUUGCAACUCUUGAUGGUCAGUUAACUUUCUGGCAUAUAUCUACAGCUAUGCAGUUGCAUUGCAUUGAAGGACAGAAUGAUUUGGGAGCGGGAAGAAAGUAUGGAGAUAGAAUGACUGCAAAAACGUCAUCUAUGUCCAAAUGUUUUACCAGUCUUUGUUAUACUGCUGAUGGUUGUUGUAUCUUGGCUGGAGGAAAAUCAAAGUUUGUCUGCAUUUAUAACAUUGAACAACAGAUUUUGGUGAAAAGAUUUGAAAUUUCUCGGAAUCGUUCAUUUGAUGGCAUGCAGGAGUUUCUCAAUAGUGGGCAAAUGACAGAGGCUGGGCCUCUCGAUCUUAUUGAUGACGAAAACGAUGGUGAAAAAUUAAGUGUAAAGUCUCAUCGUAAAGAUGAUAUGAGCUCUAGAAAUAUAGGACCAGAAAUAAGGGUUAAAUGUCUUCGUUUUUCUCCUACAGGUCGUGCUUGGUCAGCGACAACUACAGAAGGUCUGUUGACAUAUUCACUUGAUGUUAAAAUGAUAUUUGAUCCAUAUGACCUAUCAAUAGACGUCACUCCACAUAUUAUUCGACAAGUAUUGAAUAGACGAGAGUUUGGGAAAGCUUUAAUGUUGAGUUUAAGAUUAAACGAAGAAGAUUUAAUACUUCAUGUUAUCGAGAGUAUUCCAACUCAUGAUAUUUUGCUGAUCGUGCAGAAUCUUAGUGACGAAUAUGUAAAUAAAGUUUUAAAUUUUGUUGCCAAACAAAUGGAGAAUUCAAAACAUUUACAUUUUUAUUUGCUGUGGUGUUAUCAUCUUCUUACUUCUCAUGGUGCGAAGUUAAAGCAAAGUUGUACAGAAAUAAUGCCUUUACUACGGACCUUACAGAAGAACCUCACCAGACAUUUGAAAGAUCUUGGAAAACUAUGUGACAGUAAUCGUUAUAAUCUUCAAUAUAUUUUACAAAACUGCCAAUUUGUCGAAAGAUGCGAAAAUGACACAAACAAUCUUAUGGCAACCGAUAUUGACAUGGAAAAUCUUACGUAAAUAGUCAGGUUUGAGAAAAUAACUGGAAAUGAAGAACGAACACACCAAAUAACUGGGAAUCAGAUUCGAAGCAAAGUUGAGACAGUUAGUGUUAUCACGUAUGUUGUUGUUGGGAUUGUAGUCGUUCUUUCUUCAGGCUGUUGUGUUAUAUGUUUCGUAAUGCUAUAUAAGAAUUCAAAGAAAGAAAAUUCAUACAAUGAUCAAUCAUUUAACGAUGUUGUGGUCAAUGACGAUAAAAUUAAUUCACAUCUUAAUAUCAAGAAAGAUAUGUUAGAGCAUUUUGCAAUAGAUAAAGAAAUUGUGUUGCCCGAGGACAAGCUUGAAAAAUCCUUUGAUUUCAACUUUAAGUCAUGUAAUUCAAAAGAAUAUCCCUGUUUUUGUCAUGGAAACAACGAAAUAAUAUUCAAAUACUAAGCUAGAGUUUCAUUUGAAGUACAAUGUUUUUUUAUGUUAUAUUCUCUGCUUAAUUCUUGUGCUUUAUCCAACGUUGUUGCAUUGCUAAAAUAUGUUUAGUCUUGUGUGACCAUUUUAUAACAAAUGUUCACUUGUGGCGAGUGAGUAUGAUUUGUUGUCAUCUUGUACCAUAAAUGUAUAAUUGUAAAUACUCAUGUAUAGAUUAAAAUAGACUAUUUUUUAUGUAAGUUUUGUUCUUGUUGGACAUGUUAAUGUAUUUCACUGUGGGUGUGACAGUUUGAGGCAAGGGGAGGGGUGAUAAACAGUAGCGUAGUCAGUAGAUUUAAUUAAUCCCGCUCUGUAAAUAUAUUGUUCAUUUCCUUAGA